CUUUUUCUUACACUAUAUAAAAAAAAAUGUCUACAUCAGCCACUGGAAGAGGAUCUAUCUUUGUCUCUGGAACAGAUGGAGAUAAAGGUGUUGCUAUUGUUCAACAACUGUUACAGUUGCCUGAGCAAUACAAACAUUUGUGCCCCCAAAUUAUCUAUGCUGGCUUACCCGAUGAUAGUACUCCUAGAGCUAAAUCACUUCAAGGAUUAGGUGCUAAAGUCGUUGCUUUUGAUAUCUUUCAUGACCAUGAAGCUGCUGUACAUGCUCUUACUGGUGUCACUAAGCUAUGUUUGUUAAUUGAUCCCUUGAGUGAAAGAAUGCAAAGAGCCAAUGCUUAUAAUUACGGCAAAGCUUUUAUUGAUGCAGCCAAGGAGGCCAAAGUAGAACAUGUCAUCUUCUUAAGCCCUUUUACUCCACUGGACACGGUAUUUGGACCAAGCCUUGAACAAGUACCUGCUUACUCUUAUCGAUCCCAAUUUAUGCUUAUUGAGUCUUAUUUGCAUACACAAUUUAAUAACAAUCAGAUUACCCUUUUAAGGUAUCCCGGUGUUCUUCAUCAACAUUUGCUUGUGUUUGGUAAAUACAUUGCCCAACAUAAUGCCUUCCCUUUACCAAAUCAACAAACAGAGAUUACGGUAGAAAGUUGUAAUAUGAUUGACAUUGCACGUGCCACAGCAUGUGUUGCUCAUUCGCCUACCCUUCGCCAUAGUCAAAACGCAUACAAGAUUUCCUCACCUCAAUUGUUGACAUUUGAAGAAGUCAGUCAGCGUGUUCUCUCAGGAUUAGAUCGAGGUGAUACCGUUAAUCUCAUGGACAUGGCAACAUUACAACAAAUCAUUGGUGAUUCUAUUGGUAACGAAGAUCAUGCUGUAUUCUUAUUGGAAAUGUGGGGUUUGCAACAAAAGCUAACUGGUAGACGCUUGGAAAUCACUCGAGAUUUGGAAUUGUUAACGGGACAAAGCGGGAAAACUUUGAACGAAUUCUUGAAGGAGGAUGGUGUACGUGAUGCUUUCUUAUCUCAUAUUGUUUUACCUAAAGUAGCUUAAACUAUUUGGGGCAAAGGGGCUCAUUUUAAUAUUUUUUCUUUUUUCUUUUUUUUGUUGUGCUUGUACAUAAAAUUAUAAAUAAAUAAAUCAAUGAUAAAAAAAAA